ACUCAGCUUAUAUUGUAAACCCCUUUUCAGUUAAUACGAAGUGCUAAGUCGUUACGCUGACACUUACUUGAGAAAUAAAAUUAGGCACAUUUGAAAGUACAGGAUAUCAACAUGAAGUUCUUUUUGUGUUUAUUUGUGUUGGUAACAAUUUACAAUCAAGCCUCUGCAAUUAUGUGCUAUGUUUGCAAUGCACCGCUAGGAGGCAGCAGUGCCUGUUUCAGAAACAAACUGACUUCAAACCAACUUCAAAACUGCUCAGAGGGUCAAAAUUUUUGCCAAACUGCUAUAGUAGCUACUGCAAUGUUUGGACCAGAUGGAAUAACCAGCAUGGUACGGCGUUGUUCUUCUUCAAACGACAAUGUUUCAAACGGAGGAAGCCAAAUUCGCUUCACCGUGUCUUGCAAUACAGAUCGAUGCAACGUUCAAGGCCCAAUGUUUAUUGAUCCACCUGUUACCGGAGCUCCAGGCAGCAUCCCAACAACGACGGAAUGCAACAAUGGCGGCAAUGAUGGAGAUGGAGGCGGUGCUGCAGAGAUCAAGAGUGCUGUCGUUGUCGUCUUCAGCUUAGCCAUGAUUCUUACUUGUAAAUUUUUGUGAAUGAAAAAUUUUUACCCAGCACUCAGAGGACUCGACUCUACACUGAAAUUGCCAUUGUCAUGUAACCGAGUUAUAUGUAUUGUGUAAAUAUUUCCCUAAAAGGGAAAGCAAUUAGAAAAUACUUCUGAUGAGGAAUGAUAUAUUUAUAAAAUGUUGUGGUCACAUUUAUUUCAAAAAAACUUCUCUGAAAAUGAAUGGCUCAGUAAUUUUUUUAUUUUUAUGAUAACGCACCUUAUUUCAACUACGGACCACUCAGGUAAUAUUAGGUUUAGCAGUUUUACCUCAUCUUUUAAGUCUUCAUCCGCCCUAAAUGUCAUCUGCCAUAUUUAUGUUUAAAAAGCGCAAAACUCUUUUUGUGCAAAAUUUCGAGCAAAAGUGUGAAAGCACAUCUGAACUGUUCUAAAAUUGGCACAAUAUUUAACAUUCACCUGGCACAUACUUAGACUUCAAUAUAUAUAUAAUGUAUAAAAUCGCAUAAGGUAAUUACCAGAAAAUUUUUGAAUUUUUUUGAUUUAAACAUAUUGCGACAUCAACUUUAUAGCCAUAGAAAUAUUGCACUUAUAUAUUUUUCACAUUAAAUAAACUAGUAAACUUACAUUGUAUUCAUGUUUUUUUUACACAUUCA